AUGAUCAUUGGUGGUGCCGUUUGGGCUGACAAUACGACAACGAAAUCUGCUCCACGAUCCACUGGAAGGGAAGAUGAUGUGGCUUCGGAUAACAUCGAGCUCGACGAAAAUGAUGCCGUUGCAAACUAUGAGUCGCUUUGCAUGGGUCAACCCCUGGAGUUCUCAAGCAAAACUGUAGAACAGAAUGUUACAAAGCAACCAAUGCAAGAUGCAUCUGAUCCUACCCUGGAUGAAAUCCACCCCAUGUCUCGUGCCAAUGAGCCCUGCGAUUUUUUGCCGACACAUGGGCUUGGAUUGCUUCCACCUGGCAAGUUUCUGGACACUCUAGACACGAUCAAUGAAAACUUCGAUAUCCCAACUGGUGGCCUUACGGGAAAAAAGGCGCUCAAGUCGUUCUCCGGCAUCGGAUUUUCCGAGGAAACCGACUCCCGGACGCGGAAGAGCAGUUCACGGCUUUCGCGCGAGGCGGUCCGGGUCCUUAAAGCAUGGCUCCAGGAGCAUAGCGACCAUCCGUACCCCAAUGACCGGGAGAAAGAUGAAUUGAAGCAGCGUACAGGACUGAAACGGACCCAAAUCAAUGAUUGGCUUGCUAAUGCCAGGCGGCGUGGUAAAGCAACAGCCCCCCCUGUGGAUCACACGCUCAUGACUCCGCUGGAACGUUGGAAGUACUCACCUCCUGAAAACGAACCUGCUGCUACGUCUGAUAUUCUUCGUGCCCUUGUCAACACAUCACUGGACUCUGUCCGACAGCGAUCGUCCCAGACAGGUCACGUGUCCUCCCAUUCUCGGAAGGCUGGGUCUAGUAAUGACUCAAGCCAUGCCAACUCCAAUGCGAUUCAUACUCCAUCCAUUAGUAGCUUAGAGACAAGUCGCUCAGCAAGUCACUCCUCCAUAUCUGACCUCUCUUUUGCAUCUGCGUUUUCCCAUCGUUCCUCCCUUGGCUCCUUUGGCUCGAUGGAUCGGAAAGAGCGUCGUCGUCGUCGCCGCAAGCCCUCUGCACCUACGAACAUUUUCAAUCAACAAAAAGCCCAAUCGGCUCGAAUCUUUCAAUGUACUUUCUGUGCUGACUCUUUCCAAACCAAAUAUGACUGGCAGCGGCAUGAAAAGUCAUUGCACUUAGCCCUUGAGAAGUGGACUUGCUCGCCCUUUGGGGGCGUGGCCUUCAUUGAUGGUGCAAACCGCUGUGUAUUCUGCAUGGCGAUUAACCCAGACAAUGAUCAUCUCGAAUCACACAAUUAUAGCUGCUGCCAGGAGAAGACUCCUACUGAGCGGACGUUUUACAGGAAGGACCACCUUAACCAGCACUUGAGACUAAUGCAUAACGUGAAGUUUCAUUCUUCCAUGGACAAAUGGCGAAGUAACACCUGCGAGAUACGAUCUCGAUGCGGGUUUUGCGGAUCGAUCCUCACGACUUGGAAAGGCCGAACUGACCAUCUUGCUGCUCAUUUCAAGAAUGGUGCCGAUAUGACUCAAUGGCAGGGUGACUGGGGUUUUGACCCUCUUGUUCAGAGCCUGGUAGAAAACGCCAUGCCACCGUAUCUUAAUGGCAACGAGCGUAACACUUUGGACCCUUUUACGACAUCCCAAUCCCAAGGACAGAUACCAAAUCUUGAUGUACCGGACGAUGCCAAUUGUUUUUAUCGCCUCAAGCGAGAAUUAACUGCCUACAUUCACAAUGAGAGAGCGCUGGGCACUAUCCCGACGGAUCAGAUGUUACAGGAUCGAGCCCGUCUAAUCAUAUAUGGGACUGAUGACCGCUGGAACCAAACUUGUGCUGAUAACCCUGUCUGGCUUAGCAUUCUCAAGCGGGAUACAGGCAUCGAGGCUGUUCCGAACUCGGAGCAUAUCCAAUUUGCAAAUCUGGGCAUGCGACCUCCAUUUGCUGCUGAUGGGGGCUUACGACGACCUCCUCUCGAGACCAACUUGUCGGCAAGGUCCUUGCGUCAUCAGCGACCUUUCAGCCCUAUCAACUUUGGAUCUGGCUUCCAAAGCCCGGCCUUACCAGGAACAGGUCAGUCUUCGGUUGCCGCAAGCAUCCCCGGGAGCUCGGCUGGUAGCUAUACGGGUAGUGCUGGGAUGAUCCCCCCGGCACCCCAAUCAGGGUUGUCCACCGAUUGGGGAAGCUGCUUGUCUGCCGGGCCUUCAUCCUUUUCGACACCUUUGAGCGGAUCUGUCGAUCCAUUUAUUCAAAUGGGGUUCGACCCUGUGUUCUUGCAGCGCUUGAAUGAUAACUAUGGUGAGCUGGACCUUGAGGGUUUACAAGGGUUGGACUAUGGAGGGAAUGAUGGGCAUGGAGGCGAAUUUGAACCGGCGGAAGAUGUAGGGGCUAUUUCGACGUCACAUGUUGCCCCGAUUUCUAUUCCCAGUCCCCCGAAGCAAGUAGAGGCUUUGAUGACUGACGCUGUUCCCAUUCAAGGUGUUGCAAUGCCUGAGGGACCGCACUACCCUGGUAAGGGUGAAGCUUGA